CAACAGCGCCUGGCGCGUUGUUCAGCACUGUUCGUUAAAUAACAAAUGCAUUUUACAUUCUACAUGAGAAUUCGACACCAAAAACAAGAAUUUGACCCCAAAAAUGAGUAUUCGACCCCAUGUAUCUGUAAACGUGUAAAAGGUUAAAUAUGAAGUAAAAUGUUAAAUAACACCUUCGAAAAUUCAGAGUGACCAAAGAGUGACAAAAAAGAAACAACAUCAAAACAAAAAAAAAUUGUCCCGACAAUUUUUGAUUCUACAAAAUCAAAGUAAUAAUAAUUAAUAAAUGGCCGGCGAAGUAAUUGUUGACGCUUUACCAUACAUUGAUCACGGCUACGACGAUGUGGGGGUCAGGGAAUCGGCCCUUGCCAUGGUGGAGGAGGAGUGCCGACGCUAUCGCCCUACAAAGAACUACCUAGACCACCUGCCGCUGCCGGCAGCCUCGCCAUUUGAGACCCCGCUGAUGGUCAACGAGUUCGAGCGAAUCCAGAACCGCCUGCCCAUGGAGACGCUCUCCAUGAAGCGCUACGAGCUGCCCCCGCCUCCGUCCGGGAAGCUGUCCGAGGUGUCCGCCUGGCAGGAGGCCAUUGAGAACUCGAUGGCUCAGCUUGAGCACCAGUGGGUACGCUCCCUCAAUCUGGAGCUGAUGCUUGACUACGGCACGGAGGCGUGGAAGUCCUACCUCGAGGUGUUUACCGCCAUGCAGGCGAAGGCGCAGCUGCAGCUGCAGCAGCUGAAAAAGGAUAUCCAGGACGUCAACUGGCAGCGCAAGCAGGCACAAACACAGGCGGGCGAGAGACUGCGCUCCCUGGAGGCCCACUGGGUGCUGCUGGUGUCCAAGAACUACGAGAUUGAAACAGAGUCUGCGGAGCUGGAGAAGCUUGUCCAUGCCGCCCGCCAGAAGCUGGAGAGCCUUGCUCCGCCAGCAAGUGCGAAUGACACGGCUCCUACUCCGGAGCACACCAAUGGAUUUGGUCAGGACGAACAGGACGAGAGCAAUUCGAGUGCUAGUAAUAGCAAUAGCAAUGAUGCCAAUGAAACUGGGGGCCAAGACGAGGACGAGAAAGUCGAAGCUACAGCUGAGGCCCAGGAUGAAUCAACUAACGAGUCAGCUUAGAUAUAUUUCCAACUUUGAAUAAACAAAUUAAAACGA